GAAGGAGUUACGACGAAUCCGACCCGGCUCGCUCAACCCGACUGGUUUGUUCUUUCUGAGGUCCCCAAACAAAAAAAAAAGAGAAGAGAGAAGAGAGAGAGAUUGAAUCUAAUCUCUCAGGCAGCCAUUAGUUUAAUUCUUCCCAGUCACGUUUUCUUCUCCUGCGGUUUCGCUCUAAAUCCUUCCUCUGUGUUAAAAAGGUUGUGUUGUGUUUAGGACUUAAAAGGGGGAUUGAUCUUUUUUAAGUAGUAGAUUGAUUGGUUGUGGUCUGAGAAUUGCAACUGUCGUCAUGUCUAGAUAGCGGAACCCUAAUCGAUUUUGAGUCAUGAAAUCAUCAGAAACCCUAAUUUCUGAGCCGUCUUCCCUCAAUAGAGACCUCCGGGAUCAUAAUGAUGACGAAGAAGAAGAUGAUGAAGAGGAAGAAGAAGAAGAAGAAGAAGAGGAAGAAGAUGUUGAUUUCAAUCCUUUUCUUAAGGAUACUCCUUCCCUUGAAGCUUCUUCCAGUUUGAGCUCUGAAAUUGAGACUCUUGAUGGUGAAAUUGUCAAUAGCAUUCCUGUCCCCAUGCCAAGUAAUGAUGUCUCUUGCCAAGAAGAACCAAUCCCUGAGGACUCUCUUGACCCCGGUGGCUUUGUUAGAGAAGAGCCUGGUGAGAGGACAGUAGAUGCGAAUGAAAACGGAGGAGAUCAAUUGUGUGACAUGAUCCAAACUCGGGAAACACAACGUUUUACAUCAACUGAGGAGGAGGAGGAGGAUGCCAUCUGCAAGCGUACUAGAGCUCGGUAUUCCCUUGCCAGUUUCACCCUUGAUGAUCUUGAGGCUUUUCUCCAGGAGACCGAUGACGAGGAUGACAUUCCCAAUGUCGAUGAUGAGGAAGAGUACCGCAAGUUUCUCGCUGCUGUUUUACAUAGUGGUGAUACUGAGGCUCCCUUUGCACAGGGUGGAACUAAUGAUGAUGACGAUGACGAUGAUGAUGAUGAUGAUGAGGAUAACGAUUUAGACUUUGAGAUUGAACUUGAGGAAGCUCUGGAGACUGAUGACGAGGAUAUUUUACCGGAAAAGGUCACCGCAGGUGACAACAAGAAAAGCACUAAGCGACGCCCCGUGACUAGGCAGAAGAGACAGCUUAACAACAUCUCCUCUCACCACAAGAACAGUUCUCCCGAACAGUCUGGCAGAUUAUUACGCCCUCUUGUACCUAUCUUACCCAUUGCAUCACCUGGUAGAAUGUUUUCUGCUACUGAAGCAGUUGCUUCAUCAUCAGAAAACAGGACAACAAAUGGCUUCAGUCAAGCCCAAAUGGGAGAACUGCAUUGUUUGAUUCAUGAUCACCUUCAACUUCUUAUCCAAGUGUACUCUCUUUGUGCACUUGAUCAUUCACGCCAGCACAUUGGAACGCAAGUCCAAAGACUUCUAUCUGAGAUGCUCAAACAACACCAAGGAUAUAUUUCACGCCCAAGUCAUCCUCUCGGCACUGCUUCCGCAUCAUCCGUUCUGGAUCUAGCUGGAAGAUAUCUAGUUGAUGUUUCUGAUGCUGUUCAAGAUUAUCGACGGUGUCAAGUGGAAUCCGGUUUUGAUGCGUCAUCUCAAAGAGUGCCGUUAUUUACACUUCCUCACCAAGAAGUUGGCGGUGAGAUCGUAAAUUAUCCUCUUUCAUCCCCUAGUUCAAGUAAGUCACCAUCAGGUCGGCAGCAAUCUAAGAAGACGUUAGCUGCUACACUUGUUGAGUCAGCCCAGAAGCAAUCUGUUGCCUUGGUCCACAAGGAUAUCGCCAAGUUAGCUAAAAGAUUUUUGCCGUUUUUUAGAGUAUCGCUGUAUCCCCACAAGCCACCUCAUGUAGCUGUCGCCAAUCGGGUCCUAUUCACUGAUGCUGAGGAUGAAUUACUGGCUCUUGGAAUUAUGGAAUAUAACUCAGACUGGAAGACAAUAAAGCAGCGCUUUCUUCCAUGUAAAGGCGAGCAUCAGAUUUAUGUCAGGCAAAAAAACCGGAGAUCAUCUAAAGCCCCAGAAAAUCCAAUUAAGGCUGUUCUGAGGAUGAAAAGCUCUCCCCUGACUCCACAAGAGAUAGUAUGUAUACAAGAGGGGCUUAAGUACUUCAAAUAUGAUUGGAUGUCUGUGUGGAAAUUCGUGGUGCCUCAUCGAGACCCAUCCUCACUGCCACGACAAUUGCGCACUGCCCUUGGAAUUCAGAAGUCAUAUAAGCUAGAUGAUGUAAAGAAGGAGAAGCGGAGGUUAUAUGAUACAAACAGAAAGUCCAGAGAGCAGCAGCCAUCUUCAAAAGAGGAUCGUCAUGGUGCUUCUAAAGCCAAUGAAUAUCAUGUUAGAGAUGAAUUGGUUGAGAGUUCAGGUGAGGCAUACCUACAUGAAGGAUUUUUAGCAGACUGGAGGCCUGGCAUGCCAACUCUCUUUUAUUCUGCACCUAUCCACUCCUUUGACAAGGCAAAGGAUGUUCCCGGUGAUCGACAUGAGUCAAUACAAACAUGUACCGUUGAAGGAUCUACAAAACCUGAUCUUUGUCGCGCCCAAAUUCUGACAUGUACGCAGAGGCUUGCAUCUUCUUUCGUUCCUCUGUACCACCACACAUCUGGUACAGUACCCGGCGCCUCAGGAGCAUUGACAAGUAUGCGGCCAUAUCGUAGUCGAAAACUAUGCAACAGAAGUGUUGUGAGGCUAGCCCCUGAUUUACCUCCCGUUAACCUUCCAUCUUCGGUCCGUGUUAUCUCGCAGUCAGUUUUUGCGAAGAAUCAGUCUGAAACAUCCCCCAAAACUUGUAUCAUUAAGGAUGGCAUAUCAGAUGUUUCGGGGAGGGAAAAUUUGGGUAUUGAACCUCCUUGCUUUUCAGCUGACAGGGAUAACAAUGGUCCCCCUAGCGAGAAGGUGGUAGAUUUGCAGGAAGAUGUGCCUGCUGCAGAGAGCUCCUCUGGGAUGGGCGUGCAGAGCAAUGACUCAGAUCUUCAAAUGCAUCCUUUAUUGUUCCGGACCCCUGAGCAAGGACAGAUUACAUGUUACCCUCCAAACAGAGACCCAGGGGGUUCUACUUUUAGUUUCUUUUCUGACAAUCGACCUCAGCUGCUAAGUCUUUUCAACAGUCCAAAGCAAAUCAAUCACUCAACUGAUGAAUUCCACAAAAAAUCAUCAUCAAACGAACAUGAGACAGCACAGGUUGACAGCUGUUUUCAUCCUCUUCUUCAAAGAAGCCAGUGUGAAACUAGUUAUCUUACUAGUAGACGUGGGAACUUAGUCCCAGACAAUGGCAAUAAAGGCAAAUUAUGUCAACUUCAAGAUACUUCUGGUGCUGUUGAGCACACUUCAAUCCCUGGUGCUGGUCGUAAUGAUGUGAGCUUGAAAUCUAGCAGACAUGGUAAAAAUGUGAACUUAGAUAUCUAUCUAAGUCCGAGCUCUUCUAAGGUAAACAAUCGUGGUAGUGUCUCAGCAGCAAAUAUUUCAGAAGCUCCAGACACCUGCAUGACUCAACGUAAUGACGGCUCUGAAGUGCCUGGAUCAACUGCACCAAGUGAUAAUAUUAGUAGAUGCAUUGACGAAAUGGGUGAUCAGUCUAAUCUAGGUAUAGUGAUGGAGCAGGAGGAAUUAAGUGACUCUGACGAAGAGAUGAUGGAAGAAGAACAUGUUGAGUUUGAGUGUGAAGAGAUGGCUGAUUCUGAAGGAGAAGAAGGCUCAGAAUGCGAAGAAAUCAUUGAAAUGCAAGAUAAGGAUAACAGAAGCUCUGCGGGAGAAAUAGCGUCAACAGAUGUCGAUUCUGGCAAAGAACUAGGCAAGGAUUCUCCAAACAGUCCUUGGUUGAGUCUGGAUCCAAGUAAUAGUCGCUUAAGCAGUAAUGUUAAGGACAUAGAGAAGACAGAGCUAGUAAAUGAAGUCACCAUUGCACAAUAUGGUCCUAGUAUAUCACGCAAAAAGAGGACACCAGUGAAGAGUAGAGAUGCAGAAUUAAAGGAAGAAGCAGGUGUUGCUCGGUUAAGACUGGGUCCUCUCGCCCUCCCUCCAGUGAAGAAACCCAAGAAGUGUGGUGGGCAGGCGGAAACAAGUCCAAGUAUUGAGACUACCUGAGAAACUACUUGACCCAGCAACAAAUGAUUAGCUCUUCUCCACCCCAAAUUUGCUCCCAGGUUCAGAGAUAUCAUAUCAUGUCAAUCUGGAGAGCUCUGUUCUUUGUGUAUACCCUCUUGGAGGUUACGGCACCCAUGGAGUUUGCUACUAACGAGGUUUUGUCACUUCCAGUAGAACCGCGAGUACGUUGCAGGGUGCAGAGAUGAGUUGUGCAUGAUACAGAAGGAAGAAGAUUCGGCUUGGGCAGAUCAGAGAACCUAUUGGCAGGGAAGAGAUAAGUUAUAGAGUGAUCAUGGAGAAGAAUAAGCUGGAAAGGGAAGAAAAGGUGGAAUCCGACUGACGCCUUCUGAUGAUUUGGCAUCGAGCAAUGCUCCAAUGAGCUGGGUUGAUUCGAGUUCACCAGUAUGUAAUCUACAAUGUAUGUUGUCUUACUGUAUUUUUCUCCUACAAUGCAUGUAAUCUAAAAUGGGGAUCUCAGUUUCAAACUAUGGAGGCUUCCAGUUGUCUUACUGUAUUUUUCUC